AUGGAGUCUGUUUUUGAACCUGUUUCUAAUGAGGCUCAAAUGCAUGGGAAUGAUGAUUCUCUACCUUGUAGUGAUGCUGUUGUACCUCAUACAGCAGCAUCACAAAAUCCAACACCAUCACCAUUAGAACCUAGUACCGGGAAAAGGAAACCUUGUAAGAAGGAGAGUGAUGUGUGGGAACACUUUGAAAAGUAUGAUUUGGUAUUGGAUUUGAAAGGGGUAGAUGAGACUAAAAGAAAAGAAAUUGAAAAAAAAGGGCUAAGUGCAAGUAUUGUAGUGCUACUUAUGCUAGUGAUACCAAGAAAAAUGGGACUAGCAAUAUGUGGAAGCAUCUAA